CCGCCCCACCGGAACGGAGCGGAGCCGCGGUGCCCCUACGGGGAGCGGGCGGUGCGGGGAUGUUCCCGCAGGGGCGGCACCCGCCCGGGCAGCCCUUCAAGUUCUCGGUUUUGGAGAUCUGCGAACGGAUCAAGGAGGAGUUCCAGUUCCUGCAGGCGCAGUACCACAGCCUGAAGCUGGAGUGCGAGAAGCUGCUGAGCGAGAAGACCGAGAUGCAGCGGCAUUAUGUCAUGUACUAUGAGAUGUCCUACGGGCUGAACAUCGAGAUGCACAAACAGGCAGAGAUUGUCAAGAGGCUGAGUGCCAUCUGUGCCCAGAUUGUGCCUUUCCUGACGCAGGAGCACCAGCAGCAGGUCCUGCAGGCAGUGGAGCGGGCCAAGCAGGUCACCAUGGGAGAGCUCAACAGCAUCGUGGGGCAGCAGCAGCUGCAGCACCUCUCCCAUCAGCCCCCCCAGCUGCCACUGACCCCCCACCCCUCUGGUGUGCACAGCCUGCCUGGGGGGGGCCGCGGGGCUGCUGGCCCUGUCGGGGGCACUGAUGGCACAGUCACAGCUGGCAGCCAAGGAGGAGAAAGCAGCGCAGGAGAGCAGAGAGCGCAGCCCCAGCCGGAGCGUGUCAGCAUCUCCAGAGAGCCCUGCUGAUGAGGAGAUGGGGCUGAAGCGGAGCCAGGAGGAGAAGGAGCCGCCUGGGCGUUACGACAGCGACGGGGACAAGAGUGACGACAACCUGGUGGUGGAUGAGGUGAGCCCUGGCUGCCUGCAGGGUGCCGUGCUCUGCUCCCAGCUGGUGCAGGGCUCCGGCUGCAGGGUUUGGGGUUCAUUGGGCUGCUGUGCUGGGGCCCAGUGCAGCGGGAUGCUGGCACAGCUGGGGUUGGUUCUGAGCAUGGCUGAAGGGCUGUGCCUCAUCCCUCUGCCCUCCAGCCCCACAUCGGCUCCUCUCCCACAGCAUCCCAUAUGGGGAGGAGAGCGCAGCCCCUCUGCUCGCCUUCCCCAGCACUCAACCGGACGCCUCACACUCGCGCUGCUCUCUUGGCGCAGCUCAGGGGGUAUUUUUGGGGACGUCCCUUUUGUUUUUCCCAUGGAGGCUCUGGGGAUGGACAGCACACGCAGCGUUUUGUUCUUUUUUUUUAUUUUCUUUUCCUCCCCCUCCUGUCACUUCCCAAGAAAACACAGAAAGGAACCUCAGCCGGGAGUUCUGCGGAGAGCGGCACAUUAAAAACUGCUCGGUGCUGUAAUUGUGGUGAUAAAAAUCACAGCCCUAAUUGAAGGCUUAUAGGGGAGCGAGAGCUGACGGGUGGCCUUGCCUCCAAAUCCUCCCCCUCCGGCAUGGAGGGGCUGCAGUUCCUGCCCCACAAAGACCCCUUUUCUCCUCAGGACCCCCCCUCGGAGCCCAGCAGCCCUGGCAGCCGCCCCCCCCCGGCCCAGGAUGUCCCCGAGAGCCCAGCC